UUCUGUGGGGCCUUUGGGGCCCUACUGACCUGUACAGUAUGUUCUGAAUAUGAUUUCUUGGAUGAGUGCUAUGAAGAAAAUGAAAUUUGGAGAUAUGGAAAACAAUGUGAGAAAGCAUCACUGAGGGGGUGACAUUUGAGCUAAACAACAAGGAGCCAGUCAUGGGAGUAUCUAAGGGGUGGAGUGUUCCAGGAGGCAACAGCUAGUGCAAAGGUCCUGAGGUGGAAACAAGGUUGCUGUGUGUGAGGAACAUCAAGGAGGCCAGUGUGAUACAGUGGAGUGAUGGAUUUGGGAUGUUUUAGGGGGAGGAUUCUCACCGUCUUACUUCCUCCCAGUUGGGGAGAAGGGUCACAGGGGUCCAACAGCAAAGGGUGGGCCCUCAGCCUGGCCACUUCCUCCCUUCAGGGGUGAGUGGUACCAUGCCUCCUCACACAACAUGGUAUGACUUGUAUGGAGAGAGGAGGGAGGAGGUAAACUGCAGACAUGCAGCUGCAUUCCAUUUUCACGUGUCCUGCGCCAGGGAGGAACCAUAAUUGUCCUUUCUGUUUUACAAAUGAGAAAAUGGAGGUCAGAGAGCAGGCAAUCCGUUAACCAAGGUUGUAGGCUUAUUAACAGAAAUACCAAUCUUCAGCCUAAGUUUGCCCACUGACCAACAUGAGUGCCUACCUUUAUAGGUGUGUCUCUGCCCUCUUUGGGGAUUCUCAGAGCCCUCAUUGCAAUGCACUCAAGCUGUCCAUCACCCCAAUCCCUGGUGCCAGCAGGUCACACAGGGGUAGGUUCUUGUCCGUGUGCUUGGAGAAGAGAUGACCCAACUUUGGGUCGGGGUCUUUGUGGGUAGAGGCACAGGGCUCCCUUACAUACCUUGGCUGCCAUGUGGGGCAUUGCUGGAGGUGAGCAUGAGGCAGCUUGCCUGGAUAAAGACACCAAGGCCUGUGCGUGUAUGGGAGUGGUAGAGUUCCCCAGGAAAGACCCUGGGCAUUUGUAUUAGUGGAGGUGUGCUCUUGUCUGGGCUCCAUCACCAGCUAGCUGGCCCAUGUGGGUCACUCCACAACUUCCCAUGGCUGAGAGCUGCCCCCUCUAAAUAUAGCCCAGUGGGCUGAGCUCAGGCCUAUUUUAGGCCCAGGCUGGGAGGUGGCCUGCCUUCCCCAGGCUCUGAGGAGCCGCUGCUGCUUCCAUCCUGUCCUCAUACUGAGUGCUAUUAUCAGCCCCCCAGCUGCCCACCACCCACCAUGCCUGAGGACACCCAAGAAGACACCUUGGCACUAACACCGAGCACGAGGAGCAGGGCGCCACUGGCCCCCAACCACAUACAGGAGGUGCGCCUGCACCAGGUGGAGUCCAUCAGCGACCUACACAGUGGAGGUUCGCUGCGCCCCUACCUGACUGAGGAGGUGCAGCCAUGGGACGAGCUGCUGGGUAUCUUGCCACCGUCGCUGUGUGCCCAGGCUGGCUGCAGCCCUGUGCACAGCAGGGGCUUCCUGCUGCUCGCAUUGCUGGUGUUCACCUGCCUGGCACUUGCCAUCCUGGCUGUCUACCUGAGCGUGCUGCAGAGUGAAUCCCUCCGCAUGCUGGCGCACACACUGCGCACACAGGAGGAGACGCUGCUCAGACUCCGGCUUGCCAGCCUCAGCCAGCUGCGGAGGCUCAACUCCAGUGAGGCCCAAGCACCCAGCUGAGAUACCACUUGGACCUGGGGCUUGGGUGUGUGUGUGGGUGGGGAAUAAAGUCGCCAUUGGCAGGUUUCUCCUGACCCAUUGUCCCACCCUACUUCCCCGGUGAGGUUUUUGUACAAGAGUCUAACCUGACCCCACAGCUACCUGCCUCUCCUGUCUUCAAGCCAGGCCUAGCCAAGUUUUCUGGUGCCAAGGUCCUGCUUUGGGUGGCCCAAGGUCAGAGGAAGGGAUACCAACCUCCUGGCUCCUUCUGUGGCCUGUCAGCAGCCUCUGGCUUCCAGAUAGGUUCAGAGUCUAGAAAUAGCUGCCCCCCCCCCCCCCCCCAGCUGCCCAAACCUUGCCAGGCCUCCCAGCGGGGGUCCAGC